CCGGGUUGAUUUCCGGUCACAGAUCACCAGGAUGGCGACUCACAUGUCGAGGUGCAGAACUUGGAGUCGGGUUCAAAGGUUUGGGAUCGCUGCUUACAGAAGGUACAGCAGUAGCGGAGGAUACCCGAAUAUUUCCCUGUCCACACCUCUGCCUGGGAUCCCAAAGCCAGUUUUUGCAUCUGUGGAUGGACAGGAAAAAUACGAGACCAGGAUUACCACUCUAGAAAAUGGACUCAAAGUUGCCUCCCAAAAUAAGUUUGGUCAAUUCUGCACAAUUGGAAUUUUAGUAAAUUCUGGAUCCAGACAUGAAGCAAAGUACCCAAGUGGAAUAGCACACUUCUUAGAGAAACUCUCCUUUUCUUCCACAGCACAGUACGGAAGUAAAGAUGAAAUCCUUCUCACACUAGAAAAACACGGGGGUAUAUGUGACUGCCAAACAUCAAGGGACACCACCAUGUAUGCGGUGUCUGCAGAAGUAAAAGGUCUGGACACUGUGGUUAAUCUUCUUUCUGAUGCGGUCCUUCAGCCUCGCUUGCUGGAUGAAGAGAUUGAGAUGACCAGAAUGGCCGUACGCUUUGAGUUAGAGGAUCUAAACAUGAGGCCAGACCCUGAGCCAUUACUCACCGAGAUGAUCCAUGCUGCUGCAUAUCGAGGCAACACGGUCGGACUGCCUCGGUUUAGUCCUGUAGAGAACGUGGACAAGAUUGACAAGAAGGUGCUUCACAGCUACCUGCGUAACUACUACUGUCCUGAGCGCAUGGUGCUGGCAGGAGUGGGCAUCGAGCAUGAGCAGUUGGUUGAAUGUGCCAGGAAGUACUUGCUGGAUGUGAAGCCUGUGUGGGGAACGAGCUCAGUAGCCAAUGUGGAUCUAUCAGUAGCUCAGUACACUGGUGGUAUUGUCAAGAUGGAGAAGGAUAUGUCAGAUGUUAGCCUUGGCCCCACUCCGAUCCCAGAGCUCACCCACAUCAUGAUCGGCCUGGAGAGCUGCUCCUUCCUGGACGAUGACUUCAUCCCGUUCGCGGUGCUCAACAUGAUGAUGGGUGGAGGUGGUUCCUUCUCUGCAGGAGGACCUGGAAAAGGCAUGUUCACUCGCCUGUACUUGAACGUGCUCAACAGGCAUCACUGGAUGUACAACGCCACCUCCUACCAUCACAGCUACGAAGACAGCGGCCUGCUGUGUAUCCAUGCUAGUGCAGACCCCAGACAGGUACGGGAGAUGGUGGAAAUAAUAACCAGAGAGUUCAUUCAGAUGGCUGGCAGUGCAGGAGAGAUGGAGCUGGAGAGAGCCAAGACUCAGCUCAAGUCCAUGCUGAUGAUGAACCUCGAGUCGCGGCCGGUUAUUUUUGAGGAUGUUGGUCGACAGGUUCUUUCCACAGGAAAGAGAAAGCUGCCACAUGAACUGUGUGAUCUAAUAAGCAGUGUGACAGCUGGCGACAUUAAAAGAGUGACCACCAAGAUGCUGCGCAGUAAACCUGCUGUGGCGGCUCUCGGAGACCUGACAGAGCUGCCCUCCUACGAACACAUCCAGACCGCGUUGUCGAGUAAGGAUGGUCGUCUGCCCCGCAUGUACCGCCUCUUUCGAUAGAUCCAUGCCACCAGUAACGUCACUGUAAAUAAAAUGGACUUAAAGGUUACACUAGCGUUCCCUCCCAACACAGAGCUCUGCACGGCUCAGUCUGGGAGGGGACUAACUUCGGGGUUCGGAUUUAAGUCCCUGACAGAGAGAUAAGAGUGGAUUUUAAAUCGACACACUGUACUCCACAGUAAUCUUGUCUGCAUACAGCUGGAGAAUCUAUAUUUAUUGUCUAUGGGCAGGAAGCCAUAUGUUGCCAUAAAUUUGUUUUUAAAGGGAUGGUUUACCCCAAAGCAACAUUAUGUUAAUGUUUAUUUCCUCUUUCAAACCUGUAUGUUUGUGAAUGUAGAAUGUUAGUCUUCACAGUAAGCCGGCUAACAUGUAAAAGAAGGGGACAGCAAACUAAAAUAAAGAAGGAAAAAACAUCUCUCUCUCUAAAGUAAUUUUGAAGGAAUAACACUUCAAAAGAAUUUAAUAUUUAUACAAGAACAUUUUCUUGAUGUACUUUUAAAGGUGCAAAAAAAGUAAAUAAAAUUGCUGGAUUUUUUUUUUUUUUUUUUUUGUAGUGAUUUUUUUCCCCAUGAAUUUGAAGUUAUGGUUUUAAUAAUGUUCUUUAAAUCUUUAGGCUUAAAUCUAAAGUGAAACUUGGUAUUUUUGUGUUUCAUGGUUGUGUGAACCCCUUUCUAAAUUGACCUGGUGAGUUAUUUGAAAAACCUCAUCAUUAUACUGAUAAGACGAUGCGCAUUUUAGCCCUUAAAAGUUUAACGUGUUAGCCUAGCUUAAAAGACAAAGAUGGGAAAGUAGAAAAGAAAUUAAGUUGUCCCAUUAAGAUACACAUCUUGUCUCACUUUGAAGUCUUCUCUCGACAGUUACAGAUACUCACAUUCUCCCAAAUGCAAUCGUCUAUUUUCUUAUUGCCACAUUAUGUUCUGACUCCAGAGUGAAUAAACGUGAACUUUUAACAUUUGUCUGCAAACUAUGAAAUAAAUGUAUGAAUUCUAA